CCGACAUCACUCUGUGGCUGCCAUCGCGACGACAUCCUCUCUUCAACACCCCGUCCGUCAGCCAAAGCAUACCUCCUUCCCAAAAGCAAUGAUAAAAACCCACGCACAUGCUGGUCAGUGCGGUCCUCCCUACAAGUUCUGGAAGCCCAUCUUGAUUCAGGGAGGGGCUUCUGCCGAUGACGAGAGGCUGCAGGGGACCGCCAGGCCCCUGGGGUCUGCAGGGUCAGGACUGUCUAGUGUGUUCGGAAGGAAGCCAGUCUUUCCACUGCCCCGGCUGUUCCCACAGCAGCUCGGCCAAGUGGUAAGUCACCUCUGUCCUUAACCAGUGACGUCUGUGUGGACCAUAGGAUGGUUUCACUUUUGUAAACGUUGGUUCAUACCCUUCGAAAGAAGGACUCAGACCUGUCAGCCUGCCACAGGAAGCCGUUCCGGGGCGAGCAAGCUUUUUAAGCACGUAGACGUUAUGACUGGCACCAAUCGCGUGAAUCCGGCCCUUGGUUCUCUUUCAUGGCUCCUUGCUUACAUAUCAUCUCCAAGUGGGCAGUCUCGUUCCCAGCAAGAGAACGACGUUCUUUGAAGAAGUGUCCCGCUUACCUGGGUUUGCCUGUGGCACUGGCACACUCCUGAGCACCUGGGCGCGCAGCGACGGGACCCAGCACAGCAGCUGCCCUGGGGAAGCAGGGCAGCCUGAAGAUGGCGAAUUACACAUUGGCACCAGACGAUGAUUAUGACGUCCUCAUCGAGAACGAUCUGAACAACAGUGACACGGAGCAAUGCCACCCCUACGACGCCACGGGCCUCCUGACCCACGUGGUCCCCCAGCUCUACACCGCGGUGUUCCUGGUCGGGCUCCUGGACAACUUCUUGGCCGUGCUUGCCCUGGUCAAGUACAAAGGGCUGGGACACGUGGAGAACAUCUACUUCCUAAACUUGGUCAUUUCUAACUGCUGUUUCUUGUCUACCUUACCUUUCUGGGCUCACGCCGCCUCCCACGGGGGCCGCCUGGGCCACCCCACGUGCAUGGCUCUCGUGACGCUGUGCUCCGUGGGCCUGCACGGCGAGGUGCUUUUCAGCGCCCUCCUGAGUCUGCAGAGCUGCCUGGGGCUUUUCCAGAGCGGCUUUUCCUCCGUCGCCAGGACGGUGCCUUGUGGCAUCGUCGCAAGUGUGCUGGCCUGGGGGGUGGCCGUCCUGGUCACUUUGCCUGAACUCCUGUUUCACAUAUCUCGGGUGGGAACCCAGCAAUACCAGUGCCUCUUGAGAAGGGCUCAUCUCCUGCCAGACAAGGACUCCUCCUGGGAGCGCUCUCUGACCUUGAAGUCGAACGUUGUGGUACUUGUUGUCCCACUGCUGGUUUUUACCGUUUGCUUUGUGCUCUUCAUGAGAAGAAGAAAAAGGCUAAGGUCUGGGGACAGGAACAAGGACCUUGUCAAGCUUGUUUUCGCCAUCAUGGCCGUUUUCCUUCUGAUGUGGGGACCCUACAACGUUGCGCUUUUCCUGUCCACUUUCAAGAAGUCCUUCUCCCUGCACGACUGCAGGGCCCUCUACAGCCUGGACAAAAGUGUUCAGGUGACGAGAGUCGUCGCCAGCACCCACUGCUGCGUCAACCCGCUCCUCUGCGUGCUCCUGGACAAGGCAUUCCGCAAACCUCUGAGCUGCUGCUGCCGCCUGGGUGGUGACACCCCACUGCCACCUGCUGCGGAGCCUGCACACGACAGGCCGUGGGAGGGACUCGAACAGUCCACUGAUAUGUAAACCAGCCUCCGUCAAAGUGGAAGCAAUAAACGUCGCUGCCUGGUCUCGCCA